AUAUUUGAUUUCCAUUUUUUCAGUUCACAAAGAUUACAGAUCACACUUGUUUACAUUAUUGUAUUAAUACACUCCUUAAUCCUCCACGAUCUUUAGAUCACACAGCAUCAAGACAAAAUUUUUAAUUUUAAAAAUAAAUAAAUUCAAGAAACCUUUUGACUUUCUACCAAAAUCAUGAAAUUGAGAUCAAUACAGAGAUACCCUUUUGAGUUUUGGUGUUUAUGAUGGAGAAAAAAGCAAUCUUGGUGUUUUUGGUGCUGACAUUGAGUUUAAUAAGUGGUCAAGAACCAGAAAAGAUUGAUACCCAAAAGGCACCAUGGAGGAUCCACACUUUGUUUUCUGUGGAAUGUCAGAAUUACUUCGAUUGGCAAACGGUUGGACUUAUGCAUAGUUAUAGGAAGGCUCAGCAACCUGGACCUAUUACAAGAUUGUUGAGCUGUACUGAAGAUGAGAGAAAGGGGUAUAGAGGGAUGGAGCUGGCUCCUACUUUUGAGGUUCCUUCUAUGAGUAGACAUCCUAAAACUGGUGACUGGUAUCCUGCAAUUAACAAACCGGCUGGAGUUGUUCACUGGCUUAAAUACAGCAAAGAGGCAGAAAAUGUUGAUUGGGUUGUCAUACUGGACGCAGACAUGAUCAUUCGAGGUCCAAUCGUGCCAUGGGAGAUUGGGGCAGAGAAAGGGAAGCCUGUUUCUGCGUAUUAUGGGUAUUUAAUUGGAUGCGACAAUAUUCUUGCAAAGCUGCAUACAAAGCAUCCUGAAUUUUGUGACAAGGUUGGUGGGCUAUUAGCCAUGCAUAUAGAUGAUCUUCGAGCUUUGGCACCCCUAUGGCUUUCAAAGACUGAAGAAGUACGGGAAGACAGAGCUCACUGGCCAACCAAUUAUACUGGUGAUAUCUACGGAACAGGGUGGAUCAGUGAGAUGUAUGGAUAUUCAUUUGGUGCUGCCGAGGUAGGACUCCGGCAUAAGAUCAAUGAUAACUUGAUGAUAUACCCUGGCUAUACUCCACGAGAGGGUGUUGAACCUAUUCUUAUGCAUUAUGGGUUACCUUUUAAUGUUGGAAACUGGUCAUUCAGUAAACUAGACCAUCAUGAAGACGACAUUGUCUAUGAUUGCAGCCGUCUCUUCCCUGAACCUCCAUAUCCUCGAGAGAUAACACAGAUGGAAUCUGAUCAUAACAAAAGGAGGGCACUGUUUCUGAAUAUUGAGUGCAUUAAUACCAUGAAUGAGGGCCUUUUAUUACAGCAUGCUGCCUUUAAAUGCCCUAAGCCAAAGUGGUCAAAGUAUCUUAGUUUCCUAAAGAGUAAAACAUUCGCUGAACUAAGUCGGCCAAAACAUUUGACUCCCCAAAGUCGACAGAUGAUGGAGAUUGAAAUUCAUGAAGAAGUUAAUAAGGAGCCCGAAAAGCCACCCCCAAAAAUUGAGGUUAAAAUUCAUAAAGAAGUUGUUAAUGAGCCUGAAAAGCCACACCCGAAAAUCCACACCAUUUUCUCUACAGAAUGCUCAUCUUACUUUGAUUGGCAAACAGUGGGGCUUGUGCACAGUUUUUACAAGAGUGGUCAGCCAGGGAACAUCACAAGGCUUCUAAGCUGUACCGAUGAAGAUUUAAAGCAAUACAAAGGCCAUGAUCUAGCUCCCACCCACUAUGUACCGUCCAUGAGCCGACAUCCAUUAACAGGAGAUUGGUAUCCAGCUAUCAAUAAGCCAGCUGCAGUUCUUCAUUGGAUGAAUCAUGUGAAGACAGAUGCUGAAUACAUUGUAAUUCUUGAUGCCGAUAUGAUCAUGAGAGGACCAAUAACACCAUGGGAAUUCAAUGCAGGCCGCAGUCGACCUGCUUCAACUCCUUAUGACUACCUUAUCGGCUGUGACAACAUACUGGCAAAGCUCCACACUCGCCAUCCUGAAGCUUGUGACAAGGUUGGGGGCGUAAUCAUUAUGCAUGUAGAUGAUCUACGGAAAUUUGCGCUGCAGUGGCUGCACAAAACCAUGGAAGUCCGGCUUGAUAGAUCUCAUUGGUCCAAGAACAUAACAGGAGAUAUCUAUGAAUCUGGAUGGAUUAGUGAGAUGUAUGGUUACUCAUUUGGUGCUGCAGAGUUGAAUCUGCGACAUGUCAUAAGUGACGAGAUUCUGAUAUACCCAGGAUAUGUUCCUAAGCCUGGUGUUAAUUAUAGAGUCUUCCACUAUGGCUUGGAAUAUAGGGUUGGUAAGUGGAGUUUUGACAAAGCAAACUGGAGACACACCGACUUGGUUAACAAAUGUUGGGCUAAGUUUCCUGAUCCUCCUGAUCCAUCAUCACUUGAUCAAACUGACAACAAUUCCCUACAGCGCGACUUGCUUAGCGUAGAAUGUGCAACAACGUUGAAUGAAGCUCUUCGGUUGCACCACGAGAGGAGAAAAUGCCCAGAUCCUAACACUAUUUCCACACCCAAACAUGACAGAGUAAAUCAGGACAGAGUCGAUGAAACUAGAACCAAUGCUGAAACUAGAAGAGCCAGUGCUGAAACUAGAACCAAUGCUGAAACUAGAACCAGUGCUGAAAGUAGAACCAAUGCUGAUACUAAAACCGAUGCUGAAACUAGAACCAAUUCUGAAACUAGAGCCGAUGAUGAAAUUAGAACCAAUGCUGAAGCUAGAAUGGCCGUUGAAACUACAACUUCAACGAAGUUUGGAGGCGUUGACGAAGUUCAGGCCUUUAGGCACGAUGAAAUGCCCAAAAAUAGUUCUCAGGAAUCCUCCCAAGUUGAAACGUCAAACGGAACAUUCACUUCCAUGAGAUUUUGGAUCAUGGUUUUGUGGGGUGUUUCAAUCUUCGGCUUCUUAGGUGUCAUGUCCGUCAUGCUUAAAGGGCGUAAGGGAUUGAAAAAGAGAGGUAAAGGUUACAAGUCCAAGAGAAGAACUACAUAUUCCGGUUUCUGGGAUACAAAUGGACAGGACAGACAUCUACGCAACGCUGAAACAGCAUAGAAAUCUCUCUUCUUGGCACAACUGUCAAAGUUCUUUGCACAUCAAACAUGGUCAUUGGCGCCAAGGUCCCUGUAAGUUCAUUAUUUAAGCAUAGAACGAAAAAAAAAAACGUUUCUUUUAAUCGAGUUAGUAUAUAGUUCUAUGCUGCUGGAUGGAAUAGAAGAUGUUUUUCUAUGUUCUGUUUGAUUAAAUCAAUUUCACAUGAAGCUGUUAGUCUACAAUUUGCCUAAAUAGGACUAUGGCUAGGGGAAAAAAAACAUAAUGUUAGUACAAGUUCAGAAAUAGAGUAAAAAGAAGUUAGUAAAGUUGUUUUUUUUGUUUAAAAUAAUUACAAUUUUUUAUUUUUGUAUUGUAAUUUUCUGCUGGUGUAAGUUUCAUAAGUAUAAUAAGUUUUCAUUUCAAGUUUGUGUUGUUUCACAAGUAAAAUGAGUGUUAUCAUAGUAGUUAUAAGCGGACCUUUCUGUAACAGUCAUCUUCUAUAUAACAAGUAUUUCAUUAUAA